GCAAAAUGCGUUUUACAGCAAAAUUUAAGAAGAAAACAUGUAAGCAAUUAACUGAUGACAGAAAAGUAUGUGUGGAUCUCAAGAAAGAUCAUUACUUAAAGAAUCUACAAAAAAAGUGUCCAUUUAAAGAUUGCAAAUAUGCAAAAUAUUUGCCAAAAGAUACUGAGGACAAAUGCGAUUUGGUUGCGCUGUAUAACCCUACAACUGACAGAAAGCGUGGUAGAUUAAAACGUUUGCAGAUAAUAGCAAUAUUUAUAGUUAAAAGUGCCAAUGGCAGCACUUCGAUAUCAGACCUCGUUAACUUGAACAAGAGAGUUAACCGAGAAACGGAAAAAUGUAAGACUGAUACUUCUGACACCGAGGCGAUGCAGAUGCUUUGUAUUUGUAGAGAAUUUCAAAUAGUGAUUAAAAAGACUUUAAAAGAUCCAGCGUUACAGAAGAAAAACAGAGAGCCUAUCUCAAAAGAGUACGAUGAUAAUCAAAACAGCCUUAGAAUUCUAGAAAAAGAAGUUAAGACACAUACACAGAACAAAUGUUCAUCUAAUAGAGAAUGUAAAACACACCAAAGAAAUGAAUCUGAUUCCAUGAAGUUUUGCCAUGGUAACUUUAUGGACCUGGCCAGUCACAAAGAAGCGGGAGAUUUCGGAUCUGGAAAGGUCCAGGACCAUGCAACAUAUACUAAAAAUGCAUUUGAACAUCAGCGUGUAAUAUUUAACGAUCAGACAAUAAGGCUGAAAGAAAGACAUAUGCAAGUAAAUGACCAAACCAAGAGAGGGAAUUGUGUUUAUAUAUCAGAGCAAGAUGAGACGGAUGAGUUAAAAGGAGCUGCGGCAAAGUUUAAUAACUUUCCUGGUAGAAAUUACGAAAAAGUGCACGAAUUAGCAAGGAUAAAACUUUAUGAUCAAUUUAAAAAGGCAAAUGUGUAUGACAAGGAAGAAGUUCGGAAAGAAGUAAAAUUGUGUCAGAAUUCUAAGAAAAUUGUUUUUGAUCAAACCAACUGA